ACAUGCCCAUCAGCCUACUAUGCAUGUCUUUGGACUGGGGGAGGAAACCCCCGCAGACCAGGGAGAAUAUGCGAACUCUGCAAACACAGGGCAGCGGUGGGAAUCGAACCCGCGACCCUGGAGGUGUGAGGCGAACGUACAGUAUAUAAACUUACAAUUUAUACUCUUUAUGUUAAUUUAAUAUUCUUUAUUUAAGUACAUAUGGAUUAGUGAUAUUUGAUGAAUUCGCCAUUGUGGUCUUUUUCAUGGAAUAAGGUCAACUGGAUGUGUCCUUUAGCCACGCCCCCUCAGCGACCUCAGCUUUUUUUUUGUCAGUUUGCCCAGAUGAACUAGUUCAUCUAAUGCAGAUGUGCAGGCUCACCAAAACUGGGCGGCUGAAGAUUGAAAUUUCUCUCUAUGUAUUUUUUUUUUUCAAUUCCGAACAAUGUCACCGGGUCCUUUUUCCCAAUCUUCGACUGUCCAGUUUUGGUACACUUGCUUUGAAUGUUGCGUAGCCUUCACACUUGUACAGCACUAUUGUUGAUAAGCCCCUGCUUCUCCAUGCUAACUCUCCUGCAAAUGUGGUACUUCAGAAACAUCUGCAUGUCUGAAACCACACUAUUAAUUAAAGAGUGGAGGAAAAGUGUCCAGAAGUAGCUGAAUCAUGCAAACACCUAGCAGCAUUCAGUCUCAUAAUUCCAGCGGUACGGGGCAUGGGUUCUAACAUGAUAAACGAUUGAUGAUCGAUUACAAUGUACUUGAUUUAGGAUGCUCCUAGGAACGGUUCCUUUUGCAUUUCCUAUUGUUUUUGGGUUUUUUUUUUUGCAUAUGGAUCUUGUAGCUGAUUCGCACUCUGUCCUUUGAAAAGCACUUACGGUACAGAAUAAAGUCCAUUAUGAAUCACAUAUCCAUUUUUUUUUCCCCUCAACGGUGACAACGGCACACAUGCUUUCAUUUGCGUAUUUUUAUGUAGACCCUCUCAUCUGGCGUAUUAUUAGAACACGUUUCCCUUUUAAAUUCAAUAAGAAAGGAAUAAAACAUGAUGGGUGCGCUGUUCUAGAAAAGUAAUCAGUGAUGGGGUGAUGUCACGCGGCUUUACCUCAGACUGAUACGAAGUGCUGAUACUGGAGAUUCCUUCCAGAAAACGUCAACAACAAAAAAAUUCAGCAGUGUUGUGGUGUAAGUAUCGAUGUAUUCAACCGUAUAUCUAUUCAAGACUGUUUUCCUGACUUCAUUUUCCUAGGUCUGCGAUCGCAAAGACGCAUGAUCAGACCGAAAACCUUCAUGUUGCCAUUAUGGGUUGUGGCGCCUCAGUAGCCACUGAGAACCAAGGAGGGCCGUCGGAAAUCGCAAUAAAAGCUGCCAUACUGAUCCAGCGCUGGUACCGGCGUUACAUUGCCCGACUGGAGAUCAGGAGACGGUACACUUGGAACAUCUUCCAGUCCAUAGAGUACGCCGGAGAACAGGACCAGUUACAGCUUUCCAGUUUCUUCAGCUUCAUGUUGGAUAACGUCACACAGCUCAGUGGGAACGAACCAGAUCUGAUCUCUCACCUGCUGGAUCCGGCGGUAGACCCUGUAACGGAGGAAGUCAGACAGUAUAAGUACGAGCAGAUCACGGUUCCCGAGUCAUACAGCGGCCCUCGCCUCUCCUUCCCCCUGAAUGUCACCGAUACCAACACCCUGCUCAGCGCCUUCAAGGAGCAACAGAUUCUCCAUGCCAAAUACGUGCUGCAGUUACUUCAUGAGACGCAGAAGUUUCUACAGCAGAUGCCAAACGUCAUUUACCUGUCGUCGUCCUACGCCAAGGAAAUCACAAUCUGCGGUGACCUACAUGGAAGACUAGAUGAUUUGCUCCUUAUAUUCUAUAAGAAUGGUCUGCCAUCUGCUGAGAACCCCUACAUAUUCAACGGGGACUUUGUGGACCGUGGCAAGAAGUCCAUGGAAAUUAUCAUCAUCCUAUUUGCAUUUCUGCUCCUCUACCCAGAUCACAUGCACCUCAACCGAGGCAACCAUGAGGAUCACAUCAUGAACCUGAGAUAUGGCUUUACAAAAGAAGUAAUGCAGAAGUACAAGACCCACGGGAGAGAAAUCCUCCAGCUCCUUCAGGAUGUGUUCAGCCUGCUCCCAAUUGCUACCAUAAUUGACAACAAAGUCCUCAUUGUUCACGGCGGCAUCUCAGAUGAAACCGACUUGGACUUUCUAAGCUCUGUCGAAAGACACAAGGUAAAGUCAGCUUUGCGGCUGCCCAAGUGCAGUCUGGAUCACAUGCGUGCCUGCAGUGCCAGCAAUGGCAAGGGGAAGCGCAAGGGUAAGAGUCGCCUCACCUGGCAGAGCAGCAGCUCCUCUUCCUCCUCGUCCUCUUCUUCCUCCUCCUCAUUGUGCUCACCCCGGGGAUCGCGGCAUGCUCCCCCAUCCCCCAAACUCCCAAGCCCUGCUGACAUACUGCAAGUUCCCUUCCUCGACUCUAUAGUGUCCCUUGCUCUGCCUGAGGCACCCAGAGAAGAGCUGGAGUGGAAGCAGAUCGUGGACGUGUUGUGGAGUGACCCAAAGAGCCAGAACGGAUGUAGUCCGAACUUGUUCCGUGGCGGAGGAUGCUACUUCGGGCCUGAUGUUACACGGCGGCUCCUGGAAAAGCACGGCAUGUGCCUACUUAUCCGAUCACAUGAGUGCAAGCAGGAGGGCUAUGAGCUUUGCCAUGAUGGACAGGUAAUCACUAUUUUCUCGGCAUCUAACUACUACGAAGAGGGCAGUAAUCGUGGUGCAUACAUUAAGCUGGGUCCAGAUCUGAUCCCACGGUUCUUCCAGUACCAAGUGAGCCGCAGCACCAGGAAGCUUACUCUGCAACAGAGAGUCAGUGUGGCUGAAAGCUCAGCUCUAAAGGCUCUGCAGGAGAAGCUGUUCGCCCGUCGCUCUGAACUCAUGGCUGCCUUUCAGCAGCAUGAUCUCUACAACACAGGUAAGAUAACUCAAAUGAAUGAUCUACUUGCAAAUAUCACUGCACAUUCUUUCUCUAUCCUACUCUUUCCCUUUUCAUUUCGUUCUUGCUCUUUCACAGGCAGGAUCUCCACCAAUGAAUGGGCUCAAGUAGUGGAAUCAGUGCUGAGGCUGGAUCUUCCAUGGCGUACUUUGAGACCACGUCUUGUGCGCCUGGCCUCUGAUGGGAACGUAGAAUACGAGUCAUGCUUUGAAAACAUUAGUCCGGGGCAACCUAUGCCGCAGGUAGCACCAAACUUAGCAGAAACACUGUACAGGUACCGAACUGACCUUGAGAUCAUCUUCAACAUCAUCGACAAGGACCAUUCGGGUCAGAUUUCCAUCGAGGAGUUCCGCCAAACAUGGAACCUGUUCAGUUCUCACUUGGGUGUGGAUGUGGACGACCGAGCCAUUGACGACAUGGCACGCAGCAUCGAUUUCAACAAGGACGGCAGCAUCGACUUCAACGAGUUCCUCGAGGCCUUCCGGGUCGUCCAUAAGCUGGACGUGAAGGAGCAGCAGCAAGGCUGACACACCUAUUCACAUAAGACAAGAAAAUAUUAAUGCAAUGUUAAUCAAUAGCGCAGAUAAUGAUUGAUACGAAAUGAAUGGAUAGGAACGUCUGCAUUCCCAUUCAUUUGAAUUUAAUGGCAGAGGAUUAUAAUAAUUGCACUUCAUUGAAAAUUGGACUGAAAA